UAAUGCAACAAUUUAAUUUAAGUUAGUAAUUUGCACUAAUUUUGCUAAUUGCAGGAUUGGUUUUGAAGAAAAUGAAAAUAAACAUCAUAAGAAUUAGAAAAAUUGAAAGUUUUAGGUUAUUGAGAAGUACUGAUAUCUUGUAUUGAUAAAAGUUGAUUCUUGGAUAGUUUUAAUUCAUAUAAAUAGUAAAAAAAAAAUAUUAAACAUGAAGGAUAACUAAAUUUCAUAAAAAUUAGUACAGAAGUAGUUUAAAAUUUAGAACAUUAAAUACAGAUUAAAACAUAUUCAAGACUGUCUGUUUAGUGAAAUUUGAAAUUCCUAAAUAAAUUAAUUUUAUUAAUAAAAAAGAAAUUCUUAAUUUUUUUAUAGAAAAAGAUGAAUCAAGGGUUUUAGAACUUUAAAAUAAUGAUUAGAAGAAAUAAAAUUAAUUAAAAAAAUAAGCAUUUUAUGUAGAAAAAUAAAGAAGAAAUACAUAUUAAUAAUUGAAUAUAAAUGAAAUGUAUUUACUUAAGCAAGCAAAACUUUAAGAUCUGAUAGAAUAGUGAAAGCGAAGAUUUUAGUAGAAUUGAAGAGUAAUUAAUAUUCUAAAAAUAGAGAAGACUCUUUACCUAAAAAUAAAAAGAAACCCCUAAAAAGAAGUAAGGUAAUUAUAACCUAAAAAACAGGAAUAUAUUUAUUCUAAGGCUACUCCUAAUCGGUUAUCUACACUUUAAAAUAGUGAAAAUAAAGCUCUUCUACUUAAAAAGCCAAAUUUGAGAGAUACUAAAAAUUCUGUUAAAAAGAUUUAAGAAUAAAAGAGUAUUUAUAAUAAAAAAAUAAUUUAGAUUAAAAGGUUAAUGAAAGUUGUUAACAGUAAGGAACAGAGUUGCCAGAAUAAAAUAAAUUAAAAAAAUGAUAUAUGAUCUUUGGUUGAUCAAUUAUAUUGAUAAUCGUUGAG